AUGCUUUCAGGAAUGCUGCUUUCUGUAACUGCGGACGAAUAUGCUUAUGCCAUUGCUGGCCAGCGUAUUACCCUUCCUUGUCCUGGUGUCAAUACAAACUCAAAUCCGGGCACUGUAUCCUGGAAACACAACGGAACAAAAGUUUUAAGAUACAUAGAAGGGAAACCUUGGCAAGGUAAAUCCGAGUUAUACCAUUCCACACGUUUUCUCAAGGCACCAGAUGAAGAGAUCUUCGCAGCUGUUAAUAGCACAGUGACCCUUUCAUAUGUGUUCAACUUCAAUCCCCAAGAUGAAAAAUAUAACACCGUAAAAGUUCACCAGACCCAGGAAACAUCAGGGAAGCCCACCUCGCCCAAUGGCAGUGGCACUUGUUCUGAGAGAAAGAUACCCAAAGUCCAGUUUGAAGAUGCUGGGCAGUACCAGUGCCACAUCGGACUUGGCCAUCGGCCUUUGAAUAAGACCACCCAUUUGGUAGUGAUGAAAGUCUUUGCCAACCACACAGGACCGCUCCUUGAAGACGACCGGAUCAGCCUUUGCUGCAUCAUCUCCGCUCCUCUCCCGCCGAGGGCUGUGUUGCGCUGGGAUGCUGCGAACGCAAGCACAGAUGUCCCCCACUGCCUCGUGAUCCGAACGGCAGGUCUGCGGACGUGCAGCCUCAUAGUGGCGGGGGAAGUGAAGAUCAACAUGAGCUACGCUGUGGAAGCGGCAGUGGGACAGAUUCAAUUCCCUCCAACUAACGUGGUCUUGGGAGCGGGGGUGCCAUUCGUGCUGCUGAUUCUCCUAAGCGUCUGUUUGUUCGUCUACAUAGCUAUAAAACGGAAGAAGCAGCGGGUGGAGAGGAUGAUCCAGGCAAAGCAACAUUUGCUUGCAAAGAGGACCUGCCAGUGUCAAAGGGAGCAGAGCAACGAUUACUACCACACCUGA